CUGACCACGUGUCACAAGUUUAGUGAAUUGUUACUGAAACUAUCUUUUGGUUUGGAUGCCAACUUGCUCAGACUACCAUACGCAGCUUUUUGUCAACUCUCUCUAUUUUCCAUAAAUCUGUUCAUAUAACACCGUACUGUUCUGCUUUAGAUAAAAUAUACGAGAGUUGAGCCACCAGAGCUCCGUUUUAGUGAUGAAUUUGUCAAAUUCCUCGUUCUUUUCCACUCUGUCAGGAUUGGCUUCAAAUGCCAAGGAAAUUGCCAAAGCUACAACAAAUUCUUUCUACACUCAUCGAGAUUAUGAUAGUUCACAUUUGACAAAACUUUUGUCGUCGAGUUCGACGGCAAAUAACUUGGAAGCUCUUCAAUUUAUCAUCAGUAGAAUGGCAGCAGGUGAGGAUAUGUCCUCUCAUUUUACAGACAUCAUUAAGCUCUUUGCCUCGAACAAUGAUGAAAUUAGAAGACUCGUUUAUGCGUAUUUAUUGCAGUAUGCAGAGUUCAACCCAGACUUGGCAUUGCUCUCUAUCAAUACGGUGCAAAAAUCUCUUAAUGACAAGGAUCCAAAAAUCAGAGCCCGUGCUCUUCGCGUAAUGAGUAGCAUUCGUGUUCCCGCAAUCCACGGUAUUGUACUACUGGCUAUCCAACAAUGUGUAAAUGACUCUUCCGUUGCUGUUCGCAGAGAAGCAGCUAUAGCCAUUCCAAAAUGCUACUCAUUAGAUCCCUCAGUGGGCCCGAAAUUGAGGGAACACAUUGCUACGUGUCUUUUGGACAGUAAUGCCGAAGUAAUUGGCCCGGCACUUGCUUCCUUUAAUGAGCUGUGUCCCAACGACUACGAAAUAAUCCAUCCGGCAUACCGCCGUAUUUGCACACUCUUACCGCAAAUGAACCAUUGGGACAAAUGCAUAGCUAUGCGGGUUUUGGUUCGCUAUGCACGCAGAAACUUUCUCCAACCGCAACCAGAUGAGCCUUUGGAUAGAGAUCUUGUACUCCUCAAAAAUGCCAUGCUCUCUGCCUUAUACUCCAAUCUCCCAAGCACCAUUUUGACCAGCAUAAACAAUCUCAUUUGUUUAAAUUUAGUUCAGGAUGCCUCCGAAUUGGUUCAGCCAAUUCUCUUUCUUCUAUCGAACAGUAAUACCGCAAAGCUGAUUACCCUCCAAAACCUUUACCAAAUUUUAACCCAGUCUAUCAAUGGAGUUUCGGCUGCUUUUACAGAAAGUUUGCGUGAUGUCUUAGCACCGCAUUUCCGUUUACUAUUUUUGCUUGUAUCAGACACAGACGAAGUCAUCCGCCUAAAGCUAAUGCUUUUGACAAAAGUCAUUAAACCAACAAACCAGUCUCUUAUUUUGUCAGAAAUGUUUUAUUAUGCCCUUCGUCAUGAUUCACAAACUGUACAAUCUUAUGCGGUGAAAGCCAUCGGUCUGUGUGUUUUGCAAGUCAAUGACAUGAUGGAUACAUGUCUAAAUGCAAUUCUCCACAUGCUUACAGGAAAGAACGAGCAACGGGUUAGGGAAGCGGCAGAUGCGCUUUCUGCUUUUCUCGAUACUAAUGCCGACCGUAAAUAUGUGCAAUACCUUUGUGCUAUAUACAAGGAGGUUAGCCUCGGACAUGCCCGCGCUGUAAUUCUUUUCCUUGCUUCUAAAAACUUGGAUAUGGUUUUGGACUUGGCACCAGAUCUCCUGCGUGUUGCUCUUCAAACGUUCACUGAAGAACCAGAGGAAGUGAAGCAUAGCAUCCUAUACUUUGCUACGAGGUUACUGAUUCAUACACAUCAGGAGUCUUACUCUUAUGACAUUAACACAGGCACGGACCCUAUAACUUUGAUGUACAAAUAUCUUCAAAAUCUCAUUCGUUUUGAUGCAAGUUAUGAUCUCCGUGAUCGUGCGUUGUAUUACUUUGAGCUGGCACGGACACCCUAUACAGACUUUUCCAAACAAAUUGUGUUACAAACGCAACAAACAGAGACCACUGAAGCUGCUGAAGAAACCCAGUUUGCUUUAAGCUCUACCAGUCUUGUUUUGAAAAAAUCCAUCCGUGGUCAUACCGCAGUGCCUGAGUGGGCGACUGCGGACGAAUUGCCUAAUCCAAACGUCCGUGAUGUUGAGCCUCCAUCACUACGUCCCUUGGAAGUUGAGGAUAUCGUACUUACCCCCAAGGGAGUUGGGACACCAAGCCCUCUUGGAAUGCAGAAUCCUUCUCAUUUGGUUCAACUUGUCGAAACAAGUUCUCAAGGUCGUCCACGCAUCGUUGGUCGCCAGACGCUUGAUGAAUUCUACCAAAGUAGUUCUGAGGACGAGCAAGAAGAGGAAGCCGAGACUGACGAAGGAUCCACUGAGUCGGAAACUGAGUCAGAAACUGAAUCCGAGUCUGAUUCUGAUUCUGCGUCUACAUCUGCGUCAGAGUACACGGAAGAAGAAGAAGCCGAAUCAGCGUAAUGACCCAGUAACAGUCCUUUUGUUGCGGAGUGCCGCAAUUCGUUUCAUCUUAACAUAAGCAGGAAUAUGGAAGAAGAUAGACGCUACUGUAAAGUAAUGAACAAAUAAAAAAAAAUACUAUCA